AUGAGUACAAGACGUAAAUUACUACAUGGUGGCGAGGGUCUUGGUUUAAAAUCGGCAGUUCCACCCGAAAAGCCGCCAAGAGGUUUUCCUCGAAAUGGACCAGUUCGCAUUGAACCACUAGGAAGUGUGGCUAAUCAAGAAAAAACUACUCAGCUACCAAAAUCGCCUGCUUUGUCGCUUUGUCGGUUUUCUACGACGGAAAAGUACACAAAUAUGAAGAAAUAUUUUCGGGAGAUGGUUCAAAAAAGGGAUGGCGGCGAGUUUUCUGGAUAUGAUGCUGUAAACAUCUUGGAUGAUUAUCUCGAAAUGAAUCGUGAACAAUUUUCCGCCAACAUUGUCCGAAGGCAGAAUUCUGUCAAGGUGCUUGAUAUGUGGCUACGGGAAAAUGUGAUUCGCCCUGUUCAGACGUCCCAUAGAGACUCUCCACCUCCUUUUUGUGAUAGUAAAAAAAGCCUGUACACCAUGAAUCCAGAUUCCGAUCACAAAUUAUAUAUUUGCUCAACGCCGACCACUUACAACAUGUCAGUAGGAAGAAGACCAUCGCGAACGAGCUCGUUCAAGCGUUUCUUCUCCCCGAGCCGAACAAGACAUGCUGAAAACAUGAUAGUUCGAUCUCCUUCGGCGGCUUCUGAACCGACAACUACUACAAGGCAACUGCCCUAUAAACAUACUACUCCAAAAUCAAGUACAUUUACUGCAAGAACUCGCCCUAGUCCUACGAACACGAACAGUCGCUCGCUUGAAGAAGAGGCUAUGCUACAUGACGCUGCGUUGUUUCGCUUGCUCACGAUUGUUGAAAUACCGAUGCUCGAUGACCUUACUUCUGCGCCUGGACAGACAACGAAAAGUGCUUCAAUACUUUCCACGAUACUUUCGAAAAUCGGUCUAGGAGGUACUACACCCGAGACGAUUGCAUCAAAAGAGGAAGAAAUGGAUAACCUCCUAGAAAAUACACCUUCUAUCCGGCCCCUCGUGCCGUGGUUUCAACUUGCACGAAUUUGUGCUCCUGGCCUUUACUUCAAGUCUAGUGGACAGAAACCGAAGCGAGAGGAAAUUCACUACUGGGCUAAAGCAUCUUUGCAGGCGGUAUCUAAUCGGUAUUCGUCGAUUACGUGUCGCGGAUCGUCUCCAUUGAUUCCCACUGAAUUCUCUCCUAUCAUUGAAGCCAUUAUUGAGCAGCUACUUGGAAAGAAGAAAAAGAAAACAAGAUUAGCUUUACAAUAUCUGUGCCUAAUGAUUCCUCAACGGCUUCGUAAACAUCUUUGCAAUGCAGUGCAGUUCCUCGAACGGACUAUAGGAACUGAUCAAUACAUGUCACUGCGAGAUCCAUUCUUUCUUGGCAAGAAAGAAGAUACAGAAAACUUCGAAAUAGUUCUCGAUGAGCUGAGACCAUACAUAUUUACGCAAAAAAUAGAGAGGCGAGACCAAAACAGAUUGAUUGAGGCACUGUUGGAGUUGAGGAAAGGGGACAGUUUGGGUAGGGAGCCAAUCGAGAUAGUAGAAGAUAUGAAGAGGAUGAGUGAGAAUGCUGACAACGCGGUGGUUCCUGUACGUUUUUGCGAAGCCGAAUCAUCCACGAACAAAUUUGAUGCCGAUGCUGAAGUAGCUCAUGCUCUGAUGGCCAUUAUUGACAGUACCGGUUUAUCCCUGGCUGAAAAACAGAAGAAAUGCGAAUUGUUCAGAGAGCAUCACCCAUCAAUAUACAAAAAAUAUUUUUCACACCUUACUUGGUGA